AUGGCAGGCCACAACUCCAAUCGCGACUAUGACGACGACGACGACGACGACCUCACCGCCGUCGGCGAGGAGACGCCACUGCUGCUGGCGGACGAGGUCCCCGAGGAGCCCAAGUUCCUCUACCGCCAAAACGUCACCAUCCUCUGCUUCGCCGCCAUCUUCCUCGCCGAGCUGGGCAUCGCCAUCAUGACCCCGGCCUGGAACGCCGUCAUGGAGGACCUCAUCUGCCAGCGGUACGUGCCGCGCGCCGCCGACGGGCAGCUGCUGGCCGACGACCCCCGCUGCAAGGACCCGCGCAUCCAGGGCGAGCUGGCCAUGCUGCGCGGCUGGCAGGCCUCCUUCGAGGGCAUCCCCGCCAUCCUGUGCGCCAUCCCCUUCGGCAUCAUGGCCGACAAGGUCGGGCGCAAGCCCGUCAUGCUGCUGGCCUGGACGGGGCUGCUGCUCAACCUGCUGUGGUACGAGGUCGUCUUUGCCUUCUUCCCGCUGUGGGUGGUCUGGCUGGGCGCCAUCCCGCUCUUCAUCGGCGGCUUCCCCUCCGUGGGCCCGGCCAUGAUCUUCACCUGCCUCGCCGACGUCACGCCCCAGCCCGAGCGCGCGUCGGUCUUCUUCCGCGUCAGCGCCGUCUUUCUCGUCGCCGAGCUGAUUUCGGGCCCGAUCGGCGGGGCCCUACUGCUUGUCCACCCUUGGCUCCCUCUCCUUGUGGGCAUGCUCAUCAACCUGCUCAGUUUCUUCACCCUUUGGGUGCUGCCCGAGACUGCGCAUCUGAUCAAAAAGGUCGACGAGCAGGAGGCUGAGGAUGCAGCCGAUGAGGAGGAGGUGGACCGCCCUGUGGAAGGGACGUGGCACCACAUGAUGAUGACGGCCAAGCGCGACCUCCUCGAGACAAGCAAGUUCAUCCUGGGCAAUAGGUCCAUCGUCAUCCUCAUGAUCCCGAUGGUGUUUUACGCGGUAGGCAAGUACGUACAGGAGCUGCUGCUGCAGUACGCGACCAAGAGAUACCACUGGACGUGGAGCAAGGCUGCCUUCCUGCUCACGAUCCGCAGCAGCAGCAACCUCAUCCUGUUGGUCGCCCUCCUACCCGGCAUCAGCUGGCUGAUGCUGGAGAAAUUUCAUUACUCGGCCAUACGCAAGGACGUGGUGCUUGCACGGUUUUCUGGCAUCACCCUGGCCAUCGGCUCGCUGAUGAUUGCCUUUGCCUGGACGCCCGGGGUGCUCUCAGUUGCCUUGGUCGUCUUCUCGCUGGGGGGCGGAUUCAACUCGCUCGUGCGCAGUCUACUCAACGCCAUGGUCGAGGUGCACCACAUCGCCAUCCUCAAUGUGCUGCUGGGCAUCGCCGAGUUCGGCGGGCUCAUGGUCUCGAGCCCGAUGCUGUUUGCGGCGCUCCGGGCGGGCUUAAACGCGGGAGGGGCGCUCAUCGGACUGCCCUUCCUGAUCGCGGCGGUGAUGUUUACCAUUGGCACCGCGAUGGUGUUUCUCUUCAGGGCGCCUGAAGAGCGAGUGACAGUCGAAGAUAGGGAGGCCGAGAUCGGGAGGGAGGAGGAGGAGGAGGCGGAGGAGGAGCCUUGA